CUGACUGAGGGGAGAGUAGUUUAGUAUUCGCGUAACACUUGUGUGCAGACAGUGAUGCCUCAUUACACUACAUGUUGGGUGGUGUUAGUCUACGGGAGCCGCCGCGGUCCAAACCUGUUCGCCCCCGUUUCUAAACUGAAGCUCCACUGUUUACUUCCCUGGCAACGAUGAUGUGAGACCGAAACUGCUAGCUAGCUAGCCUAGCUAAAGUAAUGGAGAACCGGUAAGAGAUGAACAACACGCAUGUGGCGGCGGGGGGGAGACGUACUGACGGCGUGCUGGUCCUUUCAUAGCGGAUAUUUCUUCUCACCGGUUUGCCGUAAAGUGACCGUUUGAUUCCAAUUGGGGGCGUUUAGCCUGUUCGCGUGCACGGCUGCGGGCUCGGCUAGCUGCGCGAGUGGGGUCGUGUUCCGGUGUGAUAUGGCACAUUGCACACUCGACAACCCUCGCCACCGCUGGGGGUAUUUCCUACUUUAUCCCCGUUGAAAUAAACACGGUUUCGGGUUUUAAGUUGCCCACCACGCCUGCUGGCGAGGCGACCUUAGCUUUAACGGCGCUGCUAGCGAAACCACUGGUGCUGGUGGACUGGACGUAAUGGAGCCGGGCGACUUGCGUGAGAGCCCCGCCGGCUCCGGGGAGUCGGAUGCCGGCGAUUGGAGGGAGGUCAUUCCCGGUGGUGACGAGGAGGUCAAGGAUGCCGACACCAGUGGAGCAACGCCGGAGACGGUGCUCAGGGACACCUGCGAGGAAGCUGAGAGCGAGAAACCAAGAGGAGCUGGAGAGCCAUUAAGCAGCCCCUAUGAGGAGGAACUGGACCCCAGAAUCCAGGAGGAGUUGGAGCAUCUCAAUGAAGCCAGUGCAGAAAUCAACAGACUGGAGCUGCAGUUGGAUGAUGCCAGAUCCGGCUACCGGAAGAUCCUCACCGAGUCUGCCAGGAAGCUAAAUGCUCAGAGCUCUCAGCUCGGUGGAUGCAUUGAGAAAGCAAGACCCUACUAUGAAGCUCGUCGCCUUGCGAAAGAGGCACAACAGGAGACCCAAAAGGCAGCUUUGAGCUAUGAGAGAGCGGUCUCUAUGCACACGGCUGCCAGGGAGAUGGUCUAUGUGGCAGAGCAGGGUCUCAUGGCGGACGGCAAGAACACCCUGGAUCCCACCUGGCAGGAGAUGCUCAACCAUGCUACCUCCAAGGUGAACGAGGCCGAGGAGGAGCGACUUCGCAGCGAGAGGGAGCACAUGCGCGUCACACACGCCUGUCAGGAGGCCGAGGCUCGGGUUCAGAUGCUGCAAAAGUCCAUCAAAAGAGUCAUUAUGAAAUCCAAACCUUACUUUGAGCUCAAGGCCCAGUUCAACCACAUUCUGGAGGAGAACAAGGCCAUAGUGCUGCAGCUGGAACAGCACGUAGCCAAGGUGAAGACCCGCUACUCCAUCGCCUUACGAAACUUGGAAAAAAUCAGUGAGCAGAUUCACGCUCAGAGGGGGAGGAACCAAGCCGAGGGAGGGCGCACCACUGUCUGCGGUGGGCGGAGACCCCCCCUUGGAGCCGAGUCCGACAUCGGAGUUCAGAAAGAAGGCGGAGCCUGCGGCGGUGGUGCCACGGGGACGGAUCGGGUGGAUGCAGCCAUCGACCUAGGGAAAUACAAGGAGAAGGAGAAUGAAAAGGAGAGGGAGCGGGCGGGGUCGGAUUCCCUUUCGGUCUUCAGCCUGCAGACCAUCGCUUCCGACUUGGAGAAAUAUGACUCCAUUGAGCACCUCGGGGACCUCAGCGACGUCGGGAGCGUGACUGGGGAUGAGGGGGAGAAAGAGAGAGGCGGAGUGAUGGAUAGAAGAGACAAGCUGGCUGAAGCAACCGCCAAAGAGCGCCAGCAGCAGUUCUACAAGCAGCAUCACCGAAGCUUCAGUUUGUGAGGCUGUAUAGAUAUAAACUAUACUAUAAGCUAUAAACGAGUUAUAAAAAAACAAAAAUAAGCACCCCUAACACAUAGGUACCAACCAAAGUAUAAGACGGUGAAUUAGCUGUAAAACUGGAUUGAAGCAGUUGUAGAUGAUUUGAUGGUGUAAAUAAGCACACGUACGUUGACUGACGAUACGUUACUCUAAAGUUGACACUGAUCAAUAGUUAAUAUUGCUGCCUGGUUAGAACACUACUGGAAUCUCAAGAGCUGUACUGUAUAUUGAGGGAUUAUGGGUAGAAUGUGUUCCUUGGGCAUGACAGAACAGUGAAGAAUGAUCAAAAGACAGCAUUGACCCCCCCCCCCCCAAGGUAGAGGGGGUCGCAGGGUCUCCGUCCACACAGAUCCACCCUCAAGUUAGUGUGCAGGGAAAGAUGACGACAACGAUUCUGUCGAAAGGCGAAAGCAUGUUUGAAAUCACAUUUCAUAUAUAUUUAUUUCCAGUAACAUGCCGCAACUAGUGUUUUAUUUCUUUUUAGCACGAGCGAAUUCCUGAAAUGAACGGAGUCCGAGGAUGACGACGUAUGUUUCCACUCCCACAGCAUGCGCUCCUUGUUAGCUAUAUGUAAACACACGUAUGAUAUGUAAACACACGUAUGAUAUGUAUUCAGGGCGUUGUGCUGGAACUGAAACUGACGCCAUGAAAGCAAAGAGCCAGGUUUUCUUUUUAAUGUCGUACGGUGCAAAAGCCAAGUCCUGUUAUUUGGGUAUUGUUUACAUUUGUGAUAUUCUUUGGCGACAAAUGCAUUUCCUCUUUUUUAAAAACUAUUUGCCCGUGUUGUAACGUGUGCCUUGACAAGAACAAGCAACACAUUUAGCACGAGUGGCACUUUGUUGUAAUCUCAUCUGUAGUUUAGAACCAUUUCAAAAAGUGUGUGUGUGUGCGUGUUUGUGUGUGUGUGUGUGUGUGAGUGCGUGUGUGUGUGCGUGUGUGUGUGUGUGAGAGUGUGUGAGUGCGUGUGUGUGUGUGUGUGUGUGUGUGUGUGAGAGUGUGUGAGUGUGUGUGUGUGUGUGUGUGUGUGCUUGCCCUUUUAUGAUUUUUAGAACACUUUAAUAAUCCAAGUCACCCAGACGCCGUACCCAAUGAGACUUGAAGAGUUCUGAUUUCUGUAUUUUCCUUUUAAUGACCAUUGUCCUUUGAUUUUCAAAGUGUGAGAUGGAAAACGACAGUCAAGAAAUGACUUGUAAAUGUGUGUAAUUAUUACAAAGCUGGAACAUAUUGACAUGUACAGUUACAUGUGGUGAUUGACGUGAAUGUUUGACAAGUUGGUUGUACAGAUGUUCGGGAUGCUCACAGAUCUUCAUGUAUUUACAUCAUCGUUGCAGUUAAUCUGAAGAACUUCACCUUCACUUCCGUCUUAACUAGUCUUCACCCUAUUUAUGGCAUUUGUGAUUUAGGCAGAAUGUCACUUUCCAAUUUAUGCAUUGUCAUAUCUAUAAUCAAUAAACCAAAUCAUACUU